CACUGUACUAUACCUCGACGAACCAUACAACACUGCACCUAAACUCGCGGCGCAGUGUCACACUACAAAAUCCCACUGUGCACCACACUGCAACGCAUCAAAUCGCACCCAGCUACGUUGCACUGCGCCGCAACACAUCCCACUUGAAUACACCACCCGACACAACACUGUCCCAUACUACAGGAGACCAAGUUCUCGCGCGGUAUACAACAACACCUCAUACUUCAUCACGAACUGUAGCCACCUGCAUUACACCACACCAAACUACAUCACAGGCGGCAAGGCCAUACCUGCCUCCGCAUCUGACUCCGCCGCAAAGUACAUCUCCACACCUGCCGCCUCACCGUGGCGUGCGAAACCAAACCGCAGUAAACCGCCAGAGUUUUUGCAGCUCAACUCCACGCCGCGCACCUCUGCGUCGCAACACACUCCACAAGACCAAAGUACAUCACAGCGUGCUAAGUUGCAUAAAAGUACACCAGAGUACGCCACACUGCAGAGUGCGUCGCAGCGUGUCACAUCGCGUCGAAGUACAACACAGCGUGCGAAACCACUUCCAAGCACACCAGAGUACGCCACACCACGAAGUACAUCGCAGCGUGUCGCAUCACUUCAAAGUACAUCACAAAGAACCAAGUCACAUCAGAGUGCAUCAAAGUACGCCAAACCACAAGGUACAUCACAGCGUGCCAAAGCACAUCAAAGUGCAUCAAAGUACUCCACCUCGAACCAAAGUGCAUCUCAGGACGAGACACCGCACCAAGAUACAUCCCAGUACGAGACACCGCACCAAAGUACACACCAGUACGUCUCCCUACACCGCCCCAAAGUAGAGUACAUCCUCACCUACAAAACAACAGCACCACAGGCUGCACGCUAUCGUAACGUCACACAGUAUAUCAAACCGAAUCGUCCAACCGUACACUACGCCACUCCAUCGUACCAUACCACUCCAACGUACCAUACCACUCCGAGUCAUUCCAAUUUAUACUGCAUCGAUCCACACAGCACUGCAGCAGCGAAUCGCACACUUCACUAUAUCACUCAGCAGUACACGCCAUCGCAACAGACCAACCAACACAACACUACACUAACCUACAACGCACCACUCCAAACUGCACCGCAGUACACUGCAUCGCAACAGACCAACCGACCCAACACUACGCUAACCUACCUCGCACCACUCCAAACUACACCGCAAUACACUGCAUCGCAACAGACCAAACGACCCAACACUACACUAACCUACAUUGCACCACUCCAAACUGCACCGCAAUACACUGCAACACAACAGACCAAACGACACAACACUACACUAACCUACAUUGCACCACUCCAAACUGCACCGCAGUACACUGCAUCGCAACAGACCAAACGGCACAACACUACAGUAACCUACCUCGCACCACUCCAAACUACACCGCAAUACACUGCAUCGCAACAGACCAAACGACCCAACACUACACUAACCUACAUUGCACCACUCCAAACUGCACCGCAAUACACUGCAACACAACAGACCAAACGACACAACACUACACUAACCUACAUUGCACCACUCCAAACUGCACCGCAGUACACUGCAUCGCAACAGACCAAACGGCACAACACUACAGUAACCUACCUCGCACCACUCCAAACUACACCGCAAUACACUGCAUCGCAACAGACCAAACAAUACAACACUACAGUAACCUACCUCACACCACUCCAAACACCACCGCAAUACACUGCAUCGCAACAGACCAAACAGCACAACACUACAGUAACCUACCUCGCACCACUCCAAACACCACCGCAAUACACUGCAUCGCAACAGACCAAACAACACAACACUACAGUAACCUACCUCGCACCACUCCAAACACCACCGCAAUACACUGCAUCGCAACAGACCAAACAACACAACACUACAGUAACCUACCUCGCACCACUCCAAACACCACCGCAAUACACUGCAUCGCAGUACACUGCAUCGCAACAGACCAAACAACACAGCACUACACUAACUUACACUGCACCACUCCAAACUUCACCGCAAUACACUUCAUCGCAACAGACCAAACAACAAUGCCACUGCGGUACCCACGGCCACACCAGACUACUUUACAUCAGCGCAGACCGUACCAAGCCACACUCCGUUGCCGCACCCUGA